AUGUCCUACGAAGAAUCGUCAUCAUCGUUCUAUCAAAGUAGUUCUGGUGUAAAUGGAAUAAACGGAAACGACUUUGGUGUUGCUGUGAACGGUGGUGGAGCCCAAGAAGGUUACUCAAGUUUUCAGUCAUCCUCUUCAUCGUCCAAUUAUGGAGCGGGUGCUGGUGAAGCACUUUUAAAUGGCGAUGUUGCUAAUGGCGCUAGUAAUGGAUUUUAUUCAUCGUCAUCUUCAAGUUUUAGCGGUGUUGGCGCUGGUAGUGCUUCAAGUGUCAAUGGUUUAGAUACUGGCUUCGCCCAACAAGGUCAACUAGCAACUUCGUCGACCAGUGAAGCCGGUUUUGGUUCAAAUAAUUUCGAACAACGUUCGUUCGCACUCACAACCUACGCAACUGAUGCGCAGGGUCUCUUCAAAGAUCCCAAUCCUGAAAUCAUUCGACGACCAGCCCCAGGUGGUCAACAAACCUAUACCCAACGAGUGAUUGUUAAAUUUCUACAACCUCCACCCAUUCCAACGCCAGGCCCUCUCAUUAUCAAAGAAGUCCGUCCUCCUCAACCCCCUCCACCUCCUCCUCUUUACAUUCGUCAACGUCCACCUCCUCCUCCAACAUUGCCACCUAUUGUAAUUCGUGAAGCUCCUCCCAAAGUUCCAGCAGCAGUCGGCACACAAGUCAUUACAAAAAUGCUCCCAGCUUUACCUGUUCCACCCCGUUCAGUCAUUAUUGAACGUCUUCCUCCUGUUCCACCUAGACCACGUGAUGUCAUCGUUGAACGUUGGCUACCGUAUCGACUAACACAAAAACGCCAAGUCAUCGUUCAACGUGCUCCACCUCCAGUUGUACAAAAGCCACGUAACAUUAUUAUUUAUUAUGAACCACCCAAGGCUCAAGUUGUCCGUCGCUUUCAAAACUUGGGUGUACAGCGUGCUAAUCCUGCUGAAUAUGUGGCACGAUAUGGUGCUCAAUUAGAAGACGCUCAAACUCUGAUUUCACAUGCUCGACAAGCUGGUGUUGUGGAAGAUAUCUCACCUCCAGUUCAUUCAGCAACCUCGUUUGAAUCCUCGAACUUCGAAAGUUUUCAAUCAAGUGGUACUGGUUUUGACCUCAAUUCAUCCUCACUUAAUGGUCUCUCAGCAGUCGGUGGUGCUGCUGGCUUUGAUGUCAUCAAUGGUAAUGCUGCUGCUGCUGGCGGUGGCGGCUUUGCAUCUAGCAGCUACGAAUCCUCAUCGACUUUUAGCACUAGCGGCGGUGCUGUUGGUGCCAAUGAAUUUACUGGAGGUCUCGAUACUCAAUUCGGCAGCCUUGGUCUUGCUGAUGCAAGCAAUGGUAUUGCUGGUGGUGGUAGCAGUAGCUACGAAUCGUACUCCUCUCAACAAACAUUCACUCAAUAG